AUGGCAUACCAGAACUUUCACCCGGCCGCCAUGAACACGGGCGAGAGCCUACUGGAAUAUCUUCAGGGAGCCUACAUCCAGGACACUCCGCUGGAACUCUCUGUGGUGACCAACUUGCUCAAGUCCGGCGUCGACCUGAGUGAGACGGACGACGGAAUGCCCGCGUUGCACUACGCCUGCCUGAACGAAUCCACCGAUCCCCAACAGCUUUUUCUGGUCAUCACCUCUUUGCUGAUGCAUGGUGCUGACCCCAAGGUGAAGGAUUCGGAUGACGACACGGCAUUAGAAGCGAUCCUUGGGAUGGAUGAUGUCGAGGAGGAGGCCUUACAGGCCCAUGUGGCGGCCGCUCGGGCCCUGAUCCACUCGCCGGACCAGCCCGUCGGCAAGGACGAAGUCGCCAGCUGCUUGGACGGCUGCUCCACCUCGGUGCUUUUCUUCGACCGGAUAAAAGGAAUUCUUUUGCGUCGAACCCAGGACCAUCCAAUGUGGAUGGCCUUUUACUAG